AGGAAAUACUGUUUAGAGUAUACAUAGAUACCCGACCCCCGGAACCCAGUGCAGUAGUAGUGCCCAUCAUCAGCACCCAUCAUGCGUUCCAGAAAAGUGUCCUUUUCCGAAGAGGACCAACCGGAAGUGAACCUCAAGCCAGAUGCCAUGACCACCACCACCACAACCACAACCACGACCAAUAACAGUACCCCAUUGGACAGGGUUCGAACCCGUGGCAGCUGUGACAGUCUCAGUAGCUCCGGAACCGACGCCGAUGUCGCAUUGUCCAUGUGCCACGAUGACGAAGACGAUGACGAGGAUGAGGAUGAAGAGAUGAGACACGGGACAGGGGUUCCGAGUCGCCCUCCGACGCCGCCAGAUGGCGGGUGGGGAUGGGUUGUCGUCCUGGCUUCUUUCAUGAUCCACAUCGUCACUGAUGGAGUGACGUACACAUUUGGCAAUUUCUUUCCUGAGUUCCUGCGAGAAUUCAAAAACAGCAGGUCUAAUACUUCCUGGAUUAUCUCUAUUCUUGCUGGAGUCACUUUGGGCUCAGGACCUUUGGUCAGUGCCUUGAGCAACAAGUACAAUUGCCAAAGAGUGUGCAUGGUGGGUGCCAUCUUUGCUUCUGCGUGUCUCUUCGUCAGUUCAUAUGCUACCAGCAUAUCAACACUUUAUGUGUCCAUUGGCCUUGGCACAGGCCUUGGAUUGGGUUUAGUAUAUCUCCCAGCAAUAGUGAUGGUGACAACAUAUUUUGACAAGAGAAGAGCCUUUGCAACUGGGAUUGCUGUUUGUGGAUCAGGCAUGGGAACACUGCUGUUUGCCCCCCUCACAGAACACCUGAUUGGCACAUAUGGUUGGAGAUGGGCACUGGCAAUAGUAGCUGGCAUUGUGCUCUGCUGCAUUCUUUUUGCUGCUGUUUUUAGGCCCCUUAGGCAUAAAAGUCCAAAACAGAGUGGCACAAAAUCAGAAAAACUUCCAGCUGUGGGAGAGGUGACCUCAGAGGAACAACAGUUCUUGCAGCCAAAUCUUCCAACAAUAACUAUCCAGAAUGUUGAGCAAGAUGCAGAACCAAAGGAUAGUGCUUAUCAAAGUUCAGUGUCAAGCAGUGAAACUGCACCAGAUUCUGUUGAGCAUGUUGUGCACCCAGUUCAAGUAUCUGCUGAGAGUGAGGGAGAAGCUGAAGCUGCACAAAAUCAAAAUUUGAAAAUGCAACCUGCUUGGCAGAAGAACCCCAGACUUCAGCAUCUGGACUUGGGAUCCCCAAGAAGCAGUGAGCUGGCCAGAAGUUUACCUACACUGGAGGAAGGAGAAGUGGCAGAAGGAGCAAGCUUAGAGAUUGCCCUGGUCAGCAAUCAGAACCAAAUCCAAAACACUACCCAUUUCAAUGCCAGUGGCAGGAGGAGGGCCAGCAGUGAAGCCCACAAUCCAAGAUACACUUGUCAACUGGAAACUGACUCUUCAGGAAAAGAUCAUCUGAGAAGACCCUCACCAUCUGCUUUCCAUCAUGCCUCUGGAAGGAGUUCUUCUAGCCUGGCAACACAAAAAAACAUGGGAUUUGCAUUGGCAGCAUCCAGUAUGUUGGCCCUUCAGGUGCGCCAGAACAGCUUGGCACAUCUGGCAGAACAAGUUCAUCAUAGCUACCAUAGGCAUUCCAGUUUUAGUCAUCAUCACAGAAGAGGCUCCACCAGACCCAACAGUGCUGCCCACCAUGGAACCAGCAAAGAUUCCAGAGGAACAAGAAGUGCAGAGCCAGUAACAAGAAGACCUCCUUCUCCUGUGCCAUUUGUGGAUGAACCCAAGCAAUUCUGCCAGUUGCCAAGAAGAAAAUUAGCAAGCAAACUGAUGGGGCUUGUUCCCAAUGACUUGCUUCUGGUGCUCUAUGAAAUGCUCAACUUUUCCAUUCUGAAGGACCAUGUUUUCUUGUUGUUUGCCAGUGCCAACUUUGUGACCAGUGUUGGCUACAUUCUGCCUUAUUGCUUCCUCAUGGAUAGAGCAAGUUUGGAACUUGGGAUUGAUCCACAUUCUGCAAGCAAGAUCUUGGGUAUGAUUGGCAUGGCAAGUAUGGGAGGGAGACUGGUGUUUGGCUUUCUUGCGGACCAUGUGUGCUUCAACAGACUCUGGCUGUACUCUGGGUGCAUUGUUUGCUGUGGAGUUGCCACCUUCUUCUGCCCUUUGGCAACAGAAGAGUAUUCCUUGACCCUCUAUGCAAUUGUUUUUGGGGCAACCUCAGGGGCAUAUGUUGGGCUCAGCUCAGUGAUCCUAGUGGACCUGAUGGCAUCUGAGUCCACUGGUGUGGAUGAUGCCCUGGUGAACGCAUUUGGAAUUCUAUUGCUCUUCCAGGGGGCUGCUACAACAGUUGGACCACCAAUUGGAGGUUGGGUAACAGACAUUGCUGAAAAUUCGGACGCAACCUUCAGAAUGGCAGGAGCCCUAAUCGGAAUCAGUGGACUCGUCUUGUCAUUCACACCUUGCCUGAUGUCAGGAGAACCUACCUUCGAUGCUUACACGUGGGGCCAGAAGGCAAACCUCAUGCAGAUGCCCGGAAACAACUUGAUGAUGGGAGGCGCAGGGAUGAUGAUGGCCGGUGGUUUCGGCAAUGGAUCCAUCGUGGACAAGGUACCACAAGACAUGCUGUACAUGGUGGACCCUCACUGGAACCAAUUCCCACCUCUGAACCCCCUGAUGUACUCGCUGCUCGCCUUCGUCAUCACCGUCAUGGGCUUCGUCAGCAUUGUCGGCAACUUCGUCGUCAUGUACGUGUUCAUGUCCACCCGGAACCUCAAGACCCCGUCAAACUUGCUCGUCGUCAACUUGGCCUUCUCUGACUUCAUCAUGAUGGUCUUCAUGUUCCCGUUCAUGGCCGUGUCCAACUUCUACGAAACCUGGGCUUUCGGUCCCCUGAUGUGCGAACUCUACGCAUUCAUCGGAUCUCUCUCCGGUUGCAUGUCGAUCUGGUCCAUGGCCAUGAUUGCCCUCGAUCGGUACCGAGUCAUCUGCAAGGGAAUCGCUGCCAAGCCAAUGACAUACAAGAAGGCUCUGGGUUCCAUCUUGUUCGUGAACAUGGCUUCCUUGAUCUGGUGCUUGGCUCCAUUCUUCGGCUGGAACCGAUAUGUGCCUGAAGGAAACAUGACCGUCUGUGGAACAGACUCCAUGAGCGAGGACUGGUUGAGCCGCAGCUACGUCAUCGCCUACGCCGUUUGGGUUUACUUCAUGCCUCUGCUCACCAUCCUCUACUGCUACUUCCAAAUCGUCAAGACUGUUGCCGAACACGAGGAGGGAAUGAGGGAACAGGCAAGGAAGAUGAACGUCCAAAGCUUGCGAUCUGCUGAGGCUGCCAAGACCAGCGCCGAGAUCCGCCUCGCCAAGAUUGCAAUGAUGACCAUCUCUCUAUGGUUCAUGGCCUGGACCCCAUACCUCAUCAUCAACGCCCGAGGAAUCUUCAACAAGGAAUCCGUGACCCCCUUGUUCACUGUCUGGGGCUCGUUGUUCGCCAAGUGCGCUGCUGUCUACAACCCGAUCGUGUACGGCAUCAGCCACCCCAAGUACAGGACUGCCCUCUAUGAGAAGUUCCCGUGCCUGGCUUGCACCACCGAGUCUGAUGAUGAGGACGACGUCCGCUCCACCGCCACCGUGGAAGUCGCAUCCACCAAGUCCGAGGAGAAGGCGUAAAGCAAGGAACAACGUGUCUCGACUAUGUUGCUUCCAAUCUUUGAGCCAUGCUUCUGCAAAUGGAGUAGAGUACAGUUCAGAAAAUGUUUUUGAUACCGUUGAAAAUGCCUCGUUCCCUUCAAAGGCGAAAAAAGAAAAAAAGGAAAAAUAAAAACCCACCCAGCAUAAAAAAAAA